ACACAGACUGGCAUUCAUAACAGCAGCAAGCCAAAAGGAAGCAGAUGAUUGGCUUUGAGGGAAGCUGCUGGCAACAAUUAACAAGAGGGGAAGAAGAGAGUGAAGAGGAGCGAUGGGAGGAGGGUAAAACGGAGGGAGGGAGAGAGAGACUGUGAUGCCAAACGAGCUGUCCUCUCCAACGUCUCAGUCUGACAGCGCCGGAGCACAGAGCGCUGCGUUCCCACCACCUUUUCAGUCAUCCGUUCAUUCAUGGAUGGGGCGUCUGUGGUGAUCGGCAAUAAACUGCAGCUAAACAUGUGUGAAGUAACCCCUAUUAAGAUCCUCCGUGUGGCAGAGACAGCAGAAGAAGAAGGAGGAGGGAUGUGAUUUCUCAGCUGCUUCAGUCUGCAAUUAAGGGGCCGGCACCGAGGACGCGACCCUGGGACCCGAUGGCUUAAUAGCCCCCACUGGAAGUCUCCAAAGAGGAAUUGAGAGAUUGCUCUGUUUAUGUGUUUACUACUGUAUGGCACAACACUGUAGUAGAAAAUGUCCUCACACUUCGAAGGGAUUAGCCUCGGUGGAUCCUCGUUCAUAUAUGGAAGCCAUAACCUUCAACCUCUGGGACCCACUAAUCUGGAUUCAUACUAAAUGAAGACACCAAGACAAUUAUCUUAUGGAGACCAUGAGAUGAAUCAGGGUGACCCAGGAGAUGCCGAAGAGACGAGACAUUGUUGCCAUUGUACUGAUUGUGUUGCCUUGGAUGCUACUCAUCAGUGUUUGGCACCAAAGCAACAUCACAUCUGUCCUAACUGCUCAAAAAGCUGACACAAUUGGUGGCCGCUCAGACUCUCGGGCCUUACAGAAAUCCUCCUCACUGCAGAGCCGUGACAUUGUGCAUGUGGUGCGCACUGAGUACAUUUACAGCCGGCCUCCGCCUUGGUCCCAAAGACUUCCUACUCUCCACAUCAUCACUCCCACUUACAGUCGCCCGGUGCAGAAAGCUGAGCUGACCCGCCUGGCCAACACUCUUCUCCAUGUGUCAAAUUUGCACUGGAUUGUCGUGGAAGACUCCCAGAGGAGGACCACUCUGGUUAGCCAUUUCCUUCAGGAAAAGGGUCUUAACUACACCCACCUCAACAUUUUGACACCAUUGACUCGUAAAUCUAGAGGAGACGGGAGGAACCCCAGAGUACCGCGGGGUACCUUGCAGAGGAACCUGGCCCUGCGGUGGCUACGAGAGACCUUCCCCUUAAACUACACCCAGCCUGGAGUUGUUUACUUUGCAGACGAUGACAACACAUACAGUCUACAACUGUUUGAAGAGAUGAGGUCGACUAAAAAGGUAUCUGUGUGGCCUGUGGCAUUUGUGGGUGGCCUACGAUACGAGUCACCCAAAAUAAAUGCCCUAGGCAAGGUGUAUGGCUGGAAAACAGUAUUUGACCCACACCGGCCUUUCGCUAUAGACAUGGCUGGGUUUGCAGUAAACUUGGGCCUCAUUCUGUCUAAACCUCAGGCUUAUUUCAAGCUUCGAGGAGUGAAGGGAGGAUAUCAGGAGAGCAGCUUACUGAAGGAACUGGUCACUCUGAGUGAGUUGGAGCCUAAAGCCUCAAACUGCACUAAGGUAUUAGUGUGGCACACACGGACGGAGAAGCCUGUGCUAGUAAAUGAGGGCAAGAAAGGAUUUACUGACUCUAACGUAGAGAUAUGACAUUCUUCAUCCGACACAGGAAAGGAAGCUUUGCUGGGAUCUGUCUGGGCUCAAACCACCCCUCAGACCUCCGGUGGCCAAAAACAUAACAAUAGCUGCACUUAACCUCUGCUGCAUAAAUGGAAGCACCGAGCUAUGUGCAUGUACUGAACUCAACAUAUCAAAGCACAACUGCACAGGAACUUUGCUGCUGGGCGGAACUGAGUCGACAGAGGAAGGAGUUGCCAAAUGGAUCUGGCACAGUAGGAGCUGAAACAAAGGAGGUUACCCGACUUAAACUCCAGAAAGAGAUGAACCAGUGUGCAAUAAAGAAGCCUCUCUGCACAGACGCCACCAGCCAAGCAUCCAAUCAGCACUUAAUAGGGCUCUUUUGUUCUGAGGUCAGUGGGCUGUUGGGCACAGGGCUGCACAUAAAACAAGUCCUUGUUUGAAGUAACACAGCACUGACUGGCAGAUAGUGCUGAUGGGAUCCAAGCUCCUCCCAAAUCCCCCCCCCCUGUAUUAGUACUAUACAACACUAGCCUAUUUAGAUAGCACCCUGAACCCUUCACUAAUUAGGAGUUGUAUUUCUGCUCAGCACACAUUCACUUAACCAGCUGACACACACACACAUGCACACACACGUGCACUGAUUUAUUAUCGUCAAACACAAACAACCUUUCACAUUCAUGUAUUAUCAGCACUUCCUGGUGUGCUGCAAGGACUGCUGAGCUGUCCUAUUAAAGAGAUGAUUCUGUUUCGUUAACAAUCUCUGGACUUUUUUUAUUUGCUAAUUUAAACAACAAUUUCUUUGUAAAUUCUGUUUGCUGAUUAUUUAUUAUGAACAUGUGGGGAAAACUGUAGAAUAUGGAGCCACGACUCCAAGUAGUAGAAGUGAAAACUCUUAUUAAAUGUUUUGAUUCUUCCCAGCAUGGCUUGCAAGUUGUGAUUUCAUACACCACCAACCUGCAGCAGAACCUCUUUAGCAUGUCAACACUCUGUCUGGUACUGGCUUUGAAGAGUUUGCGCAGCUCUCCGUGUGCCCUGUAGGCGGCACCAUUGCAGUUCACAUGGACAUAACUGUAUGAUGUUUUAGUGAUGUCUGAGUAAGGUGAGAAAGCCAUUUACUUCUGUCCCAUAAAGCUAGUUUUUUGUUUUACAUA